CAGCCGCGCCAGGCAGCCGCUCUGGAGGCACGGCCGCAGCGCGGGGCAUGCUGCCGGAGCCCAAGUAUGACCGCUUUCGCAACGACGCGCUGACGGCCGCCCCGCGCCGGCCGCCGGCCGCCCCCAUGCCGUCGCCGGCCCCCUCGCCCGCCGGCGCGGCCCCGGCCCUGGCCCACCCGUGCCCCCCGCUCGGCGAGGAGCAGGAGGCCGUCACCACCUUCUGCAUGCUCAUCCCCAGGAUGCCCCAGUGGAAGUUCUCCGGCCCCACGGGCUUCCUCAGCCGCAGCCCCUCGGGCUCCAGCAAGGAGCUCUCCUCGCCGGCCAGGGCGGGGGGCCCCGCGGAGCCGGGGGGGGCCCCCUCCGGGCUGGCCGCCGUGCUGAGCGCCUGCGAGCCCGUCUGCUCCGCGCCCUGCUCGCUGCAGGUGAUGAGCCGGCUGCGCGGCGGGGCCGGGGCCGCCAGGAAGGCCGCCCGCCUCGAGGGGGUCCGGCCGGCCGGCGAGGACUGGAGCCGCAAGGGCAGCUUCAUCAGCAAGCCGGCGCAGGGCUGGCUCCACCCCGACGAGCGGGUGCUGGGACCCGGCGUCUCCUACAUCGUCCGGUACAUGGGCUGCAUCGAGGUGCUGCGCUCCAUGCGGUCCCUGGACUUCAACACCCGCACGCAGGUCACCAGGGAAGCCAUCAACAGACUGUACGAGGCGGUGCCGGGCGUGAAGGGCAUCUGGAAGAAGAAGGCCCCCAACAAGGCGCUCUUCUCCAUCCUGGGCAAGAGCAACCUCCGCUUCGCCGGCAUGAGCAUCGCCGUCAACAUCUCCGUCGACGGCCUCAACCUCACCAUCCCCACCACGCGCCAGAUCGUCGCCAACCACCACAUGCAGUCCAUCUCCUUCGCCUCCGGAGGGGACACGGACACCACCGACUACGUCGCCUACGUCGCCAAGGACCCCAUCAACCAGAGAGCCUGCCACAUCCUGGAGUGCUGCGACGGGCUGGCGCAGAGCGUCAUCAACACAGUGGGCCAGGCCUUCGAGCUGCGCUUCAAGCAGUACCUGCACAGCCCCCCCAAGGCGGUGGUGCCCCCAGACAGGGCGCUGGGCGCGGAGGAGUCGGCAUGGGGCGACGACGAGGAUGCCGCCGAGCACGACUACUACAACAGCAUCCCGGGCAAGGAGCCGCCGCCGGGGGGGCUCGUCGACUCCCGGCUGCGGCACGUCCGCGCUCAGCCCCCCGGCCCCGGCGCCACCGGCCAGGGCGGAUUUUCCCCCCGACGAGACCCCAGCGGCCAGCCGGGACCGCCGUGGGAGCCGGAGGUGCAGGGCCAGCCCGGCGACGGCUACCUGCAGGCGGACGGGCAGCCCCCGGGGCCGCGGGACUACGAGGAGCACAUGUACGUCAACACGCGGAGCCUGGACACCUGGGAGCCCGACACCGGCCCCGGGGCGCCUGAGGACAGCCCCAAAAAGGACCUCUUCGACAUGCGACCCUUCGAGGACGCGCUGAAGCUCCACGAGUGCAUCGCGGGGGGCGGCAGCACCCCCCCCUUCGAGGACCGGUGGCCGAGCCCCCCCACCCGCAGGGCCCCCAUCGCCCCCACGGAGGAGCAGCUCCGGCGGGAGCCCUGGUACCACGGGAAGAUGAGCCGGCGGGAUGCCGAGAGGCUCCUGCAGGCGGACGGGGACUUCCUGGUGCGGGACAGCAUCACCAACCCGGGGCAGUACGUGCUGACGGGCAUGCAGGGCGGGCAGCCCAGGCACCUGCUGCUGGUGGAUCCCGAGGGCGUGGUGCGGACCAAGGACGUGCUCUUCGAGAGCAUCAGCCACCUCAUCAGCCACCACCGGCAGCGCGAGCAGCCCAUCGUGGCCGCCGAGAGCGAGCUGCACCUGCGCCAGGUGGUCAGGAGGAAGCAGUGAUGCCAGGGGGCACGGGAGCCCCCACUGGCCCCGGCCCCCCACCAGCCCUGCGCCCCCGGGGGGGUCGGGGGCCCCCGAGCUCUGGGGCCGCCCCUCCUGCUCCCCCCGCACGGCUGGCGGGGCAGGGAGGGGGCCUGGGCACUGCCUCCCCCGGACGCCUGGGCCCGGCCCCGGCUCCGCUCGCGGAGGCACCCGCUGGCCUCGGACACCCGCAGUGCCUCGCCGUGCCGCGGCCUCCCCCGCGCGGCGCCGGGGUCCCUUCUCCAGGAGGAAGCUCCGGGGUGGCCCCGGGGCUGGGGUCCCCGCUGCUCCCACCCUUCCCGCUCGGCUUCCCGCCCUUCCCUCUGGGAGCCGUCGCUAUGCACACGCCGGCG